AUGGGAUCAGUAGAAUCAUGCUGCUGCUGUGCAGAGCAAUCUCAGACCCAGCCCAAAUUGAAGGUCGUGAAUCAGAGACAAGUCAACCGGUCUUUCAAGCCCUUCCUCUACUCGCCAGACCAAGGAUGUCAGCGCGGAGUGUCUCCCAGGCACUCCUACCAAGAGUCCAGAAACUACAUUCAAUUCCAAGACCCCCCUCAGACAAGCAGCAGGUCCAAGAUCGCUUUCUCCGACCAGCGACCUGAUGUCAUGCUGGAGGUCUUCAGGCGCUUCCCGUCCUACCGCAACGGCAAGGUCGUGCUUCAGGACAUUGAGCAGAACAUGAGGACAGUGUUCCCCAAAGCAUAUAAACUACAAGAUCUCAGCACCUCUAUCGCAAUGGCGAGGAAGCACGCAGACUUCGAUCAGGUCGACAUCGAGGGUUUCAGGAAGUUCUUUAGCAUUCACUUCAAGUCUGUUUACGACGAGGCAGUGAUCAGGUUUGAGGGCAAGUUCGACGAGAUGGUCGACAGUGAAACGCUCGAGUCAGCAGAGGGCGAGGAGUCGAAACUUCGGGCAUGA